AUGAAUGGUGUCGCUCUUCAUUUCGGGAACAGAUUGCAUAUGUUUUUGAACAUAUUGUUAAAGAAGCAGGAAAGAAUUGGCGCUUUGAAAAAAAGCGAAAUCUCUGCUGCGUGCACCAAAGUAAAAAUGAACAUCUCUUUGAGGAACAUCACUGAAUUACCAGCGCAUCUUUUUAACUCACAAGAAGUCGGCAUCCUUCGACAGUUUUUUGAUUGCUACCCUUCUGACACUCACUUCAAGAAGAAUUCUAUUUAUUAUGAUUGUAAAGUGGACCCAUCGAAGCAUUUGAAGGCAUUUUAUUAUCUAACGCGAUGUUCUGAAUCUCUCUACAAUAAGUCGUUCAACUGCUUUCCUCUGAGAAGAACAUUCAUACCUAGUUAUAUGACUAUAGACACAUAUAUCGUAAACACUCAAAUUUUAAGAAACUUUAUCAUUAGCCAUUUAGACAAAGAACCUCAAGGAGGCAAUAGACAAAUGAAGUUUAGAGGUACUAUUCACACAGAUGGUGUUGUCGUAUCCAUUUUGAAGCAGACCUAUGACAGUAAGAAGAAAGGUUCUGGAGGCGGCAUGCGAAAUGAUAAGAAGAUAGAAGAAGACAUUGCUUACAUAGAAAGUCUAACUUACAAAAAUAAUUGUGUUUUGAUUGACCCCGGACGGCGUGAUAUGUUGUUCUGUAUGCACGAAAGCAGUACCGUUGAAAAGAAAAGAGCUUACCGCAAUACGAGAAAUCAAAGGAACAUUGAAACAAAAACAAGAAAGUUCAUGAAACUUUGUGAAAGACUGAAACCAGAGGCCGUAAGCAAUGCAGAAGCAAUUCUUUCACGUUUAAAGUCACCCACAGUCAUAAAAGAUCAAUACGUAGAAUAUAUAAGACAGAAAGCUACCGUGACUCAAGUUCUUCAGGAAUACUACUCGAAUGAAGACUUGCCUUUAGAAGAACCUAAUACUAAUAUGUUACCAUUUCGAAAGCUAAAACUAUCAAGCUACAUCAAUCGACAGCAAUCUGACAAACGUCUUUGCAAGAAUAUCAGAAAACAUUUUGGCAACAAUGCUGUUAUUGUUAUUGGUAACUGGUCUGCGGGAAAUGUCAAGUUCCAUGAACCGAUUAGAGGAGUUGGUAUGAGAAGGAUGCUUCAAAAAGAAGGUUUUCUAGUACACCUGAUUGAUGAAUUCAGAACAUCCAGUAUAUGCCCGGUAUGUAAAGGUGAUUUAGAAACUUUCAAAGAAGUCGUGAAUCCAAGACCCUUUAGAAGGGAAAAAUAUCCAACCUUUAUCGAUGACAUUUGUAUGUCAUCUAGGUGUAAAAAUGUACAAUGCUUGAAAGAAGGUCGUCGUCUUUGGAACAGGGACUUACUCGCCACCCUUAACUUUUGUGAGAUUCUCUUUAGUUUACGUAACCACGGUGCAAACACCAAAAAAAAAAAACAACAAAAAAGACAAAGAUCUUCUUCUAUUGAAAACGACAGUAGAAAAAGACAAUAA